AUGGAGCCGGCACUGGGCGAGGCCCCGCCCCCCGCAUGGCCCGGGGAGCGGCGCGCGGGUGAGGGCGGCCUGGAGCCUGGCCGUGCGAUCCCGCGGGCCCCAGAGGGUGCCUCCGAGAUGGAGCCAAGUGUUGGGAGCAGAGAAGUCCCAGAUGCUCCUGGGGCGGCAGGCGCUGGGGGCUGGAGCAUCAGAGAGGAGCAGAGCGACACGCUAGGAUCUCGGGCAGUGAAAGCAGAGAGCGUGUCCGAGAGCCUGGGCUGUGGGGAGCCCCUGGCCCCAGGGAGCGGCCAUGUCAGGGACAUGCUGCUGAUCUGCAUUGAGUGUGGGGAGAGCUUCGCGCAUCACGAAGCCCUGAUUGCCCACCAGCGAGACCACACCGGGCAAGGGGCUGGGCCCUUCACCUGCCCCCAGUGCCAGAAGGGCUUCAAGCACAGAGCCAGCCUGCUGGCGCACCAGCGCGUGCACACGGGUGAGCGCCCCUACGCCUGUGCCCAGUGUGGGAGGGGCUUCCGCUACAAGAUCUGCCUGGUGGUGCACCAGCGUGCCCACUCCGGCCAGCGCCCCCACGAGUGCCCGCAGUGCGGCAGGGUCUUCUUGCAGUGCGGCAGGGUCUUCUUGCAGCACGGGGACCUGCAUGCCCACCUGCGCACGCACACGGGCGAGCGCCCCUUUGCCUGCUCUGAGUGCGGCCUCCGCUUCCCGUCCUGCCGGAACCUCGCCUGUCACCAGCGCCAGCACCCGGGCCUGGGCCUGGGCCCCCACCAGUGCCCGCAGUGUGGGCGCAGCUUCCGCCACAAGCGCAACUUGCUGUGGCACCAGCGUGGCCAUGCUGGCACCCAGCCCUACCGCUGCCCCGAGUGCGGGGACGGCUUCUGCUACAAAGAGAGCCUGGUGGCCCACCAACGGGAGCAUGCCAGCCCCCGGCCCUACCCCUGCCCCCAGUGCGGCACCAGCUUCCAGCACCAGGCCAACCUGGCCAUCCACCAGCAGAGCCACGCCCCCCCGGCCACUUACACCUGCCCACAGUGCCAGCAGAGCUUCAAGUACAAAGGCUACCUGCGCAUGCACCAGCGGAAGCACUCGGCCCCCGAGGCCGCGGGGCGGGAGUGCCAGGCCCUGCCCAGCCGGGGGAGGCUCUUACCUGCGCCCAGUGUGGGAAAGGCUUCAAGAACAAUGGCUUCCUCAUCAUCCACCAGCGAGCCCAUGCGGCCAGGGCACGGAGCGCCAGCCCCACCCCAGGCCUCGUGCCAUCAGCAAAGGGGCAGCAUUGCCAAGGGAGCUCUGAGCGUGCCGACGGGGGUGCUGGCCAUGGGCACAGUGUUAGAGAGAGGGGAGGACUGGGCUGCUAAAACCCAGGGUGGCCAACUUGGGCUACUGGCUGUUGUCUGA